AUGAAAAAAGCUUACGACUGCGAUCAUUCAGAACAACGUCAAAGCAUCAUCAUAAAUGAGAUUGCUCGAGGUUCAAGGUCUUUGCUUCAGUAUGAUCCAGGUCUUGCAGCCGUAAACCAUCGGCGUGACUUUGUUGCUGCGCCGAUUCCAAAAGUCACCAUCUGAACAUCUUGAACAACAACAAAAUUUUCAUCAUGAUGCUCAUGCUCGCCGCACCUAGAUCAAUGACGAUGAUGAUGAAGAAGAAGGUCUACUUGUUGCGC